GAUUCAAUUAUGCUCCGGUCUUUAGUUUGCCAGUUUAUCACUGAAUCCAAUAAAGGAAGGAGAUGUAGAGGUUUCUUGGAGAUUUAGAAGAAAAUACGGCUUCUUGCACCCUCUGCUUCUCGUCGAGCAGAAGGACAUUUUAGAAAUUGUAAUAUUAAAUAAUCACUGAAGCAAACCAGCUCUGGAUUGAUUCGAAGUAAUCGCCCCCUCCUUUAGAGAAUAUUUUUUUAAGGCAUAGUUCAAUUUACAUGAGAUGUGGACUUAAACGCUACUGGCCAUUCACACAAUACUAAAGUGCAUGAAAAAUCUGAGUUUGCAGUCCGUGGGAGUAGCUAAGCAACCGUGCAAGAAAAGAAACGCCUUUAGAAAUCUGUCUUUGAUGGCUGCAGAUUACAACUGGAUUUGGCUUUAAACUUCCAGGGCGUUGGAGGAGCUCCCUGACUGAGAUGUGGAAUGAGUUCUCUUACAGUACGCUGUGUCAGACAACAUUAGUUUCCACGCAGACUGAUUUGUGGGAGGAUAAGACAUUUUAAAAAGCCUUAAUUGGCUUACGGGGGUCUGGUUCUACCCACGUUUGCUUGAUUGAGUUACCGUCCUGUUGGAUUAAGAAUUCCAUUCACCGGCAUUUAAGGAAAAAAAAUUCAAGACAGCAACGUAUGUUAGGGAAAGGAAAUCAAAGCGAUCUAAAUCUUUAAUUUAUCUGUGGUUGUUAAUGAUUCUAAAUUUAGAUAGGAGAUUUGGAUUUGACAGGAGCCCUUCCACUAUUUAUUUAACCUAGGAAAAGACAUCUGCAUCUGUGAGCAGUGCAUCGUUGCACAAACCUCUGCUUGUUCAUUGUUGUUAUGAACAUACAGGCGGCAACGCUAAAGCGACAGGUUGUGAAUGUGGUGAGUCCCCUGACAGGGGAACCCGAAACCUUCCAAUGAGAACUCACACAUGCCUAUGACAGCACAUGACUGGUUACUAUGUUAUUUAGCCUGACUAAUGGAGAGAGGACAAUUAUACAUAGAUAUAGUUGUUCCCCUACCCUCUCCCUCAUAUCAAGCCACACAAUAUUCAUAUAUUAUGACACAAUGUAAACCAAUAUUAUCCUGUUUGGACAUUAAACAAAACACAGUGGAGGGAUUAUCACAGGUUUCAUGUGAUUAAUUGCAAAUUUGUGAAGAAAAUUAGAAGUGCUUAAGGACAACAUCUAUGAAGGUGCUACAUUAUUCCCUUAUCCUGUGGCCCCACAGGGACACUCUAUGGCCCAACUUUAUUGUAGUUUAUAUUGUGCUGUGCGUGUAAAAUUGAGUUUAAUCCAAUUGGAAAUAGUGUGGUGUAAGGGGAAACGUGUUGGCCCAUUGCAUCCUAACAGCUGAAUCUGGUUCGCACGUUGGAGCCAUGGAGUCAUUCUGAGGCCCUCACAGAGACAGUGAAGUGAGCACUGUGUACGCGGAGUCAAAGCCCUCACCCCGUCUCACAGUCACAACACUCACACAUAGACGACACAAUAACUGAGAUGAUUUUAAUUCAGUCCAGUAUGGAUCCAGUCCCAAACCAGCAGCAGCUUGUGCGCAGGGUUUAUUUAUCACCCCGUAAAUCAGAGUCGCGCAUCCUGGCUGCGCACGCCCAUUAAAACAAACAGUCGGAACAAGGAAGUUGCGCACCGGCUCGACCUGUCGACGCCUUCCGCGACACCGACAACCAGCAGUAACCCCAUCAUGGCAGAAGCGGAAGAGGAGAGAGGCCCGCCAAGUGAGGAGCAGCAGCUCAGCUCUUCCGCCGGCGGCGGCCCGGAGGACACUCAGCCGACUGCCCCCGCAGAGGGCACGGAGGAGCGGGCAGCGGAGGUCGCGGCGGCCCGCCCCCGGCCUGCGGACCUCUCCGUGGAGCCAUCUCUGCACCAGUUCAAGACCAGGAGGUUCUUCGUGUUGAGGCCUGGCACUCUGAAACAGGGCAUCAAAGACGUUGAAGCUCUGGUGGAUGAAGAAGUCGAUGGCAGCCUUCACAGCGUUUGGCUGACGGUAGAGGUGGAUCACUGGAACAAUGAGAAGGAGCGCCUCGUCCUCAUCACGGACAACUCCCUCCUGGUCUUCAAGUACGACUUCGUCAUGUUCAACUGUGACCAAAUCCAGAGGAUCCCGCUGAACAUCAUAGACCGCAUGUCCCACGGCCAGUUCAGCUUCCCAAAGCACUCCCUGCUUCAGCGGGAGGGGGAGGGGUUGAGAGUCUUCUGGGACCGGCUGAGGGAGCCCUCCUUUACCUCCAGGUGGAACCCCUUCGCCACUGACUUCCCCUUCGUCACCUUCACCGACCACCCUGUGAGGAGCAUCAGCGACACAUUCAAUGCCCUCUGCGACAUGCAGAACUUUCGAGAGCGGCUCCACGAGGCGGCGCAGCACGCCCACGCCGUGAAGCCCUUUCCCGGGAAGGCCAACGGCGUCCUUGUCCUGAACCACCUGAUCCACAUCGAAGCCUACGUGGGCCUCAUGUCUUUCCUUGGGAACCAGAACAAACUGGGAUACUGCAUGGCUCGAGGAAACAUCGGCUUCUGACACCUUCUGCUUUUCAUGUAAUAGUGUUGUUGUCGUUCAGAUAGUCUGGGAAAAAGGAUUAUCGCUCCUUGAAUUCCUGUUUGUACGUUCGUUCAUUGAAAUUCUUUCAGGAUUGACCAAAGACGUUUCCAUAUUGGGGUUUCCUUUAGUGACACGUUUAAGUCUGGAUUCUCAGGAUGUUCUGUGUUAGGUUAAAACAACUGUGUGAUCUCCCCCCUCUGCUUAUUACAAGUGUGAAACAUCCGCAUUUCAACACCGCGCCGCACUGGCUGUCGAAUCCCCCGCUGCUCUCAGGGCGCUCCUCAGCGGUAUGGUAAUUCCACUCUUUUCCUAACGGGACUCCUUUGUUCCUCCCCCGGUGUGUCUGUUAAACAGCUCAUUCCCAUGCCGUUCAGCCCCUGUGUUUCACCGAGGGACCCUGAGAUUCACCGGAGCACGGGGGCACAUUUGUCAGUUCAUAGUUUCAUCAUCCGCUGUGUAAUUUUACAGUGCAUAUAUGGACAGUGUCGGUAUUCCUCCUUGAUGUGUGUGUUUACUGUGUCGCUCCGCGUGGUUUUGGUGUCACAGUGUGUCAUUUGUUCUCUUGUCCUUUUGUGGUGGUAUAAAAUAUGCAGAUUUGUCUUUG